AUGGAUGGAUAUGUCCCAGACUGUAUUUCCCAGCACGAUAAGCGAGGAUGUUCUAAACCUGUCGGACGAGAAGUCACGAGAAACUCGAAGCAGUGUCGUACCAUAAGCCCUAUGUCUUUAGUCAAGUCUCAGCAGACGCGAUCAGAGUUCUGGACGAUGUUGGAGAUUAUCCUUUUAGGGAUCUAUAUUGUUGGAUUCAAAUGGAAAUUCUCAGCAACCGCGCAUAGCAAUGCUGGGGAAGUGGCUCAGUGGAUAAAGUGCCUCUGGGUAACACAGAAAGUGCCCACGGCAUUUGUGUUAUUAUUCGAUGGCUGCAUUGCGUCGCCCAGUACCUUACCUAGGUUUUUUGGUCGUUGUUUCAAAAAGAAAACAAAAACAUGA